UUGGAGCUGAAGUCUGCAGGAAGGUAGGUGUCCAGGAGCAGAGUGGGUGACCGCUGCUCUAGAGCCAAAUGGAAGAGCCGGCACGCUGUAGCCCCGCCCUAAUCCCAAAGGGAGCCAAUAGAGAGGUGCGUCGUAAACAGGAAUUACCGUCUAAUCCAGCCUCUUCUGCUUCAAUCAGCUGUGAAGGGGGCGUGACUACACGGGCUCGCCUCCCACUGCUGCCAGUGAACCACACUGCCUUAGAAAUUCCUCCACCUGUGCGAGCUGGUAUUCACCUCCAGCUGCCGCAGCGGGAUCAGUCGUCUCCCUCCGUCUGCACCUUCCUCUUCACCGUCCAGCACCUCUCCAGCGCGAUGACCGGCCAUCGGUGGGGUUACGGGGAGGACGAUGGUCCGUCUGCGUGGCACAAAGACUAUCCCAUCGCUGAGGGUCCCCGCCAGUCCCCCAUUAACAUCGUUCCUGAAGAAGCGGUUUAUGACAGCAACCUGACGCCCAUCACGCUCAACUAUGACAACUGCGCCUCCGUCAACAUAUCCAACAACGGCCAUUCUGUGGUGGUGGAUUUUGACGAUGCGGAUGACAGAUCAGUGAUGCAGGGAGGCCCCCUGGACAGCACAUAUCGACUCAAACAGUUCCAUUUCCACUGGGGAGGGAAGGGCUGCCAUGGCUCUGAACACACCGUCAGUGGGAAAACCUACACAUCUGAGCUACAUCUGGUUCAUUGGAAUUCUGCCCGAUAUAGUUCAUUUGGAGAAGCCGUGGCUGCCCCUGAUGGUUUGGCUGUGCUUGGCAUCUUUCUGGAGAGAGGAGAUGAACACAGAGGUCUGCAUGCGAUAACCGAUGCCUUGUACAUGGUUAAAUUCAAGGGAACCGUUGCUGAUUUCAGAGACUUUAACCCUAAGUGCCUGCUGCCUCGUAAUUUGAAUUACUGGACCUAUCCUGGCUCACUGACCACUCCUCCACUGUAUGAAAGUGUCACAUGGAUCAUCCUGGCCGAACCUAUUGUGGUCUCAGAGAAACAGAUGGGAAAGUUCAGGAUGCUUCUCUUUAGUGGAGAGGAAGAAGAAGAUCGGAAACGGAUGGAAAACAACUUCCGGCCCCCGCAGCCGCUGAAGGGCAGGACGGUCCGCGCCUCCUUUAAGUAGCUUCUCAGUCACCAAUACUGAGUCAGUCCACUCUUCAUACAUUGGUCUAGAAUCCGCUUUCAGCAAAUGGGACCUCUAAAGUGGGAUUUAGACUGGGAAAUUCAGAGUUGCAUUGUUUACAUUGACCUUUCAACAUCCCAGUUUAACCAGUUACCACAACUGUGGGUCAUUUGCUAAAUGUCGCUCUUUCCUAAGCCACCAGCACAUCCAGCUAUAGUUUUCAGUUUUCAAGGCUGAAUCUGGACACGGCUGGACAUCUGAAAGGCACAAAGAUAGCAGAGUAUGGAAAAAUUUUGUAACUACAAAUAGUUAUCUUCACUGCUAUUAAUCCAUCAGCUUAUUAACAUGUAAAGGCAUAUAUACUAGAAUCAACAGCAUACUAACAUCAUAUUGGUCAAUAUUGCUCCUGUGUGCUAAGAAAGUUUAGAAAAAGCCUCAGUAUGUUUGGUUUUUGGACCCUAUAACCCACAGUCCGCUAGAGAUUUAAGAUUGACCCUCCAAACAGCAUGAAUACCAACCUAAAGCACGUCUUGUCAUUGAACUAAUAUACAUACCUACAGGGUUUAGGUUCAUAUCUGAAAUGAUGGUGCAAAAACGUGAUCUGGCAUUUUGAUUCUCCACUGUAUCAGAUGUAGAUGACUCAUGUGAAGGUGGGGACUGGAAUGUUUGCAGUACACUUUGUUUGGGUGACUAAUAUCUCCACAAUCAUCCCACUCAGUCAUUUGCUAAAGGGUGCUGAGUAAUGACCCCAAAGCUUUGUGUGACUUGGCUUUGACACUGAGUCCCUCUAAUCCAUCAUGAUCAGGCUUUUAUUGAGGGAUCCACCCUUGGGUGUUUCAGAACACUCAAGGCUUACACUGCGGUCGGAUUAACCUGCGACGACUUUCAAGAACUAGAGGAACAGUUGGAGCCCAGCAUUUUGAGCUUGGACCCAAGAUUUACAUUGAGCUCAGAAAGGUCAAUCUCUGCCCCCCACAGAGGGUCUUCAGUUCAACUCACCCUGGUGUUAGUCACACUGCUCCUUCUUAGCCACUGGAUUCUUUUGAAAUUCACACCAGUUAAUUAAAGGGGCACCGGUUUCAAAUCUACAGAAGCAUGUAUGAAAUUCACUGGAAUGCCUCCACCCCACAGAUGAGUUAACUGAAUUAGUGCAAGUUCGUUCAGAGCUGUAUGUUCAAGCUGUUCAUUGUAACUCACCAGUGCUUUCGUUGUUAUAAUUGGGUUGUAUAUGAAAGUCAUGAUGGUUUAACUUGUCCAGAUGCGCUAGACUGAAAGUGAAAUGAUCCUUAUUACCUGCAUAACUUCUGUUUAAUUUUCAGGCUUUAGUAGAAGCAAGUUAUGGCAGCUUUGUGUAAUGUUGGUCCUUAUGGACUGAAUUCAUAUAAUACAGACUGCAGGCCACUAGGUGGCAGUGCACAUUUUGUCCUAUAUACAGUACUGUGCAGAGAUCCGAGACCACCUUUGGUGAUCCAGUUUCCAGUCAAAAUGGCCGUUAGGGUUGUAAUAAGUGAUGUUGACAGAAAAAAAAUCACGUAUAACAAAGUAUUUAGUGUGUCGACUCUGCCUGCUUUACAGCUUUCAUUUAUUUCAAGGGAUGUUUUUCAAAAAAGUUGCACAGAUAUUUCUCCACACGUCCAAAGUUCAGAAGUUGGUUUUGCACUUUCUACUUCUCAUGAUGCAAGUAAUCACACACACAGUCAGGGGUGCUGAGGUCUGGCCUCUGAGGUGGUCAGGCCAUUGUGCUGAGAGCAUCAGCUUCUUUGUCUGACUUGCCUUUUUUAUUUCCUUUGCUCAGUGAGUUUAUUGACCGCACAUUCACAUCCACAGCACUGAGUUGUCCUUGUAGUGGACAUGUGGAAGGAUUUAUGAACUCUGGGUUUGGGAAGUAUUUUUACCCCCCCCCCCCCACUUUUUUUUUUAACUUUAUCCUGGAUAAUAUACAUUAUUGUCUAUCUAAUGUCUUCAGAAAUGUCUCCUGAAAAUGAACAACUUGUAAUUAAUAGUGGUUUUGAUGGGAAGUUAAGUGUGUGUGUGUGUGUGUGUGUGUGUGUGUGUGUGUGUGUGUGUGUGUGUGUGUGUGCACGUGCGCACAAUCAUUUCAUUUUUGGCAGAUGUUGGUUUGUCAUGUACAUACAGUGCUGUGCAAAAGACUUGGCUGGACAAGAAAAAGGAACCUUGCCAGGAAGCCACCACAUAUCAUUAGAAUGAAUGCACACGCAUGUAAAUGCAGUAAAAAGAUUUAUUUAUUUAUUUAUUUUUAUUUAUUAUUGUCUGUUAGAACACAAGUUUCUCUCACUGUUCUCCAGUCACUGUGUGGAUUUAUUCAGUUCCAUCAGCAGCACCUGAUUAAAUUUAAUGAAGGAUUAAUAGCUUUGGAAAUGGUCAAGAUGGCACACUUACACUUUUCUAAUUUUUAUUUUAUUUUAUUUUUUUGAACAAAUGAAUACGUCCUGACUUUUGCACAGUACUGUAUAUUUUUGCUCAUUACAGAUGGAUUUUCAGCUCGGACCAAUUGUCUGACAGGCUAAUAAUAAUAAUAUGCACUUUGAAAUGAAUUGGUGCAUGGAAUGUAAUUUAUUGUGAUUUAUUUUUAUUCAACCUUUAUAUAUAUUCCCUUUCCCAAUAUUCCCUUCAAAAAUGUAAAUUCAAAUAAAAGUGCAUUAGAAUUA